UGUAUUAUAUGAAUAUAUAUAUCUGUAUCUAUAUUCUGUUUAUCUUCUUGCUUGGAUUCUCAACCUUCGCGAGUAAAUAAGCGAAAGCUACUAAGCUUGGAAGUUGGGUUUUAUUUAUGGCUGGAUCUCUGACAACUUCCGUUGUAUUUCAUAUACCAGCUCUUGGGUUUUCUGAAUGUUAUCAUACACGCUUGCAAAUUUCAAGAUUUUCUGAAAUUUUAAGUUCGGACAUUAAAUCGAACAGUUGGAGGGCAAAACCGAAAGUACCACCCUCAUCUGCCAAUUCUAGAGGUAAAAGACUCGGCAAAUCUGUACCCAAGGUUUCAAUCGCAUACGGAUCGAUUAUUAAGGAACAUCCCAAGUGGGACGAUGAAGAGGAAGACGUGGUUGACGAUAUUAGUGAGCCUUCAAUUGUUUCUGAGAACAGGUUGCAGUUCUUAGAGGAAAGGGAUGAAAAGAAUCUGUCGUGGCGCCUUUUGAAGCUGAGCAGGGCAGAUAAGGUUAGAAGCGCGCUGGAGCUUUAUGCGUCUAUGGAUUUCAUGGGCUUGAGACCUGAAUCACAUGCCUUCAAUGCUCUUCUCUCUUGUUUGUUGAGGAAAGAAGAGGUUGAUGAUGCUUUGCAAGUUUUUGAAUCCAUGAAAUCAAGUGGGCGAACAAGCAGCCAUAGUUACAACUUGAUCAUACAAGGAGUUGCAAAAGCCAGAGGCUUUGAAGCAGCAUUUGGAAUGUUUGAAGAGCUUGUAGCCGAUGAUGAUCACAAGAAGAAAGUCGAUCAAGUUUUGUUCAACAUGAUGCUAACAUUGUGUCGUGACGAAAAGGAUUGGGUCAAAAGCGAGCGGAUUUGGUGGAAGAUGAACGAGAAUGGUAUCGUUGGAAAUUCGGUUACCUAUCGCUUGUUGGUCACCAUAUUUCUGGCGUUUGGCCAAUACGGAUUGGCGAUCGAAGCGUAUCUCGAGAUGGUUAGAAACAGGGUGCAGCCAGAUGCUCGUACCAUGGAAGCUGCAAUAGUGGCAUUUGUGAAAGACGGGAGAUGGGAUUUCGCGUUGGACGUAUUCCGUGGCAUGAUGAAAAGAAAAGAGAAUCCAAACAUUACGACAUUCAACGCGUUGAUUCACUCGCUUGGGAACAACGGUCAGGUGAAUCUUGCCUUUAAAGUCUAUGAUUGCAUGAGAUCUUUAGGACAUGUUCCUACAUCGUACACAUGGAAUGCGCUGCUCGUUGCUUUAUGUCGAGCAAAGCAAUAUGGUGAUGCGCUUCGGCUUUUUGAUAGAGUCCAACAAGAAACUCCAUCUGCCCUUGGGUUGCAUUUGUAUAAUAGUGCAUUAACAGCCUGCAAGAGGCUCGGUUCUUGGAAAAGAGCUUUGCAAAUACUAUGGGAGAUGGAAGAUUUGGGAUUGUCGGUCCCUGUAACGUCAUAUUGUCGGGUGAUUGGAGCUUGCGAGGUUGGAAACGAGCCGAAAGUCGCAUUGCAAGUAUACCAACACAUGGUUCAUCAAAAGCAAACGCCAGAUACUUUAACUCUGUUGUCAUUGAUAAGAUGUUGCGUCUGGGGUUCUCUUUGGGAGGAAAUGCAUGAGAUCCUGAAGCUGGUUCCUCCAAAUGCCCAUCUUUACAAUGCUGCCGUUCAGGGUCUUUGUCUGAGAGAUAAGACCGAGUCGGCAAAGAAGUUGUACCAGGAAAUGCGCGAACUUGGGCUUUCGGCCGAUCACAAGACACGAGCAAUGAUGCUGCAAUUUUUACCAAGAAGCUAGCUCUACCGUAUAUGUAUCAAUU